UAUUGUCAUCUUCAACUCUCCUUCAUCAUCUUCUUAUCCAUUGAAGGCCAAAUCGGCUUCCCGCUCCCAAAGUCAUCAGCAUGGCGCCUUCCCAGGGGCAUCUACUCCUGCCUAAGCUGUGGCGAGCUGCCAAGUUUGCCUGUGCGAAAGCCAUUAAGACCGCGAAAGUGAAACUAGCAGUGCCAGGCUCAAAGGUCUCGUUCUCACUUCAGCCAGCAUAUGCACGACUCUUGCCACGCCAGCCCAUCAGUCGAGCCGCGGCCAUUCGACAGACUCGCAGCCGUCAUUUCUCUACACGCACCUUCGUCCAAACAUUCCGGUCUGGAUUGUACCGUGAUCGCGCUGUCCACAGAGCCCCAUCGCGCGUUGCUUCCAACAUCAGCCGUCUUACGAACCGCGCCCCCUUUGCGUCGACACUGCGUCCCUGUCUAACCGGCGGCACGCUAUGCAGAACCGUAGGCGGCUAUGCCGUUGGCGCCGGACGUAUCGGAGGAGCGAGAUAUUUUUCCCACGGUGCUGCUGCACCCGCGCAGGUCAUCAAUAAUGUUUCUGCUGGCAUGCGGGCGUUUUUCCUCUCCGGGAGUAAAGUUCGAUUCGAUGGAAUUGACCCCAAGACGGGGAACAAGCGGUACAAGGCCGUAAGCCGUCUACAGAGCGAGGCAGAGCGUCAGCUGGAGGGGCUUCCUCGGACGGCGCCCGGCUCCUCUAUUGAUUUUCAAAUCUCGCCGACCAUCACUGCUUUCGGACCCUUGGGCGGUCUGAAGCCUGCCUCAGCUAACGCCUGUGAAGUCAAGACCCUUAACUCGGAAGGACUAAUGGACUUGCUUUCUGUCGACUUCGCCCGUGCUCUGAAGGAUCUCGCCGCUGUUCUCAACGAUCUAAAGCGCCUGGCAACGCUGGGUGACCUACCCAUCAUCCUACAAGACAGGUCGACCAUCCGAGUACGAUUCCCAGGAUGUGAUUCGGAAACUGUUGAACGACUGUGUGACGAGGUCGGAGUCGAGCGCGGACGAAUCUCCCAGGAUGAGGACUUCGAAGGCCGUAUUGGUGCGGAUCUUGCCCUCCUGUUCCCCUUCGCUCCCAGCGUCGCGGCUUCACCCGAGGCGGAAUGUUUCUCCCUGGAAGAAGUAUUGCACCCUCGGAAUCCGGAAGAAGUGGAUUGGCGUGCGAUGAUGUCUUCAGAGGACCAAACAAAGCAAUCGUCAUGCUGUCUUCCCGACUCCGCUGAUGCGCCGAGUUUCGUCGACCGUGAGUUAUUUGGGGACAACCCUUGGGUCACAUUGUCGUCAGGAUACUCGAGUAUCAACAUCAGCGAACUUGGAGAUCGUGCUUUCUUCCCGGAGCUGUCGAGUGCUGGCAUUCCCGACAGUAAUUCCGACUAUGAUGGAACCCAAGGAGUGUACAGGUUUUUAGCAGAAUGUGACGAGGCUGCGCGCUUGCGUUGAUAUUAUUCUUUCUCUUGACACACAGGCUUGACAGCCAUCUUUCCUUUGUUAAAUUUUAUGCUGCCUUUUUAAUUUUUCUUCCCACUUCCCCUUAACCAUGACAGGGACAUACUAUUGAGCUUUGAAGCGAUUUGAUUUUACGAUGCGAUAAGACAGAGAUCCAGAUGCCAGUGAGUCAUCUACAUGGAUACUCUUUUUCAUCUCUGACUAGCUACAGAUUGACACCCCACUCAUGUUGUAUUUAGUUCAAUGAAGAUACAUUUACA